GACAGGCCAGGUGGCGAGCAAGAUGGCGGACUGAGUGGCUGUGACUUCCCUGUUUAUAAAUGACGAUAUAACAGCGAAUAUAGAAACACAUACCUCCCAAGAUUUGUCUUUUCUUGAACCCCCAAAACUGAAGUUAAGUUCGGAGCGCUGGAGUGUUAGCUGAAGUGAAGAUUGAAGACGUGAUAGAAGAUGGACGACUACUGCUAUGCUAAGAUGGCGACGUCCGCUAAAAGAGAACAUGAAAGAGAAUCAACUUCCAGCAAAUCACCAACGGAGAUAAAGACGAAAGAUGAAGACGUCCAGCAGCUGAUUUGUCAUCCAGAAGAAGUUUCCCCUCAGUUAGGGGGGAGCUCCACUUUGAAGCAGGAGACUCCACAACCACCCUGCAUUAAAAAGGAAGAGGAGGAACUCUGCAUCACUCAGGAGGGAGAGUGUCUUCUAGGACCACAGGAAGCUGGUCCCACCAGGUUCCCACUGACUAUUGUCUCUGUGACGACUGAAGAUGAUGAAGAGAAACCACAACCAGACAACUUCUUAGCUCCACUAUCAGAUAGUGAGGCUGAAGACGAGGUUGAAGUAACUUUGAGCAGCGAUGCAGACUGUGAAGGUGAUAUGAGGACUCACACUGACAACAAACACUCUCAAUGCUCUACAAAGAAGAGAGACAUCCAGCUGCUGAUUCGGCAUUCAGAAGAACUUUGCCCUCAGUCGGCAAAAGGUAGCUCCACUUUGAAGCAGGAGACUCCACAACCACCCCACAUAAAAAAGGAAGAGGAGGAACUUUGGAUCACUCAGGAGGGAGAGUGUCUUCUAGGACGAGAGGAAGCUGAUUACACCAAGUUGCCUCUGACUGUUGUCUCUGUGAAGACUGAAGAUGAUGAAGAGCAACCACAAGUAGACAACCUCUUAGCUCCACUAUCAGAUAGUGAGGUUGAAGACAAGGUUGAAGAACCUUUGAGCAGCAAUACAGGCUGUGAAGGUGAUAUGAGGACUCACACCGACAAACACUUCGAUCGCUCUAAAAAGAAGAGAGUUAAAACAUGUUUGAGUUGCUCAGUUUGUGCUAAAAACUUUAAAAGAAAGAGCCUUUUAGCUGAGCACAUGAGAACACACACAGGAGAAAAACCAUUUCAAUGUUCAGUGUGCGGUAUAACCUUUUCCCAAAAGAGCAGUUUGACUCAACAUAUGAGAAUGCACACAGGAGAAAAACCAUUUCAUUGCUCAGUUUGUGGCGAAAGCUUUCCUCGAAACAGCUAUUUGACUUCACACAUGAGAACACACACAGGGGAGAAAUCGUUUAAUUGUUCGAUUUGUCUAAAAAGUUUUACUACAAAGAACAGUUUGACUCAACACAUGAGAAUACACGCAGGAGAAUAUCCAUUCAAUUGUACAGUUUGUGGGAAAAGCUUUUUUGUAAAAGGCAAUUUGACUCAACACAUGAAAACACAUACAGGAAUAAAACCAUUUGUUUGUUCGGUUUGCGGUAACAGCUUUGUUUACAGACAAAGUUUUACUCGACACAUAAUGACCCACACGGCAGACAAACGAUUUAGUUGUUCAGUGUGCUGUAAAAGGUUCCAUCAGAAUUCUGACGCAGUCAGACACGCAAGAACACACAAGGUAGAAUAACCAAGCAGCUGUUCAGUUUGUGGUAUGUUGCUCAUCCAGUCCACUUUAUUUAUAUAGCACAUUUAAACAACAAAAAUGUUUCCAAAGUGCUGCACAACAAUAUUAAAAACAAUAUUCAAAUAGUAUCCUUAGCUCCACCAAUGUCUGAAUAAAAACAAAAAAUAAAUAAAUAUAGAACCAAU